CCACAGCGGCAGCUUGCGUGCCUGCCGAUCUGGUCACGCUACGAUUGUUAGCGCGCUGUCUCCAUUAGCACUUGUUCUUUACGUUCCUUUGGGUACAGCGGAUGACGGGCAAGAAAUCCACGGUAUAGCGCGAUAAUGGCAGACCAACAGCAGGGUCAAGCUCAAGCUCAAGCACAACAGCAAGAGCGCAUGCAAGCGCCCUUCCCUCAACCACCGCCCUUCUACAAGCAUUUUACCCCAGACAACCUCGCUCACCUGCGCAAACUGCGCAAGGAAGCCGGCGUAUCCACUCACCAGCCUGACUUAAGCACUCAAGACCAACCUCAUCAUGACAUCGACAUCUUCUCUCUACCAACCGAACUCCGCUACCUUAUCCCACCACCUCCACCACCCACAACCAGCGACUUCCUCGCUUUCGGCCUCUCACGCUCCCUCUCCGCCCCCUCGCAAACGCUCGCGGAACUCAACAUCGAAUCCCUACUACCUCCGGGCGCAGAACUCAACCCGGGACCGCACUUAAUCUCCUUAGCGAGAAGUCACCUUGCAACCUUUCUACUACUAGUCGGCAAUCUGUCACAAAACCCAGCAGAGGGAUGGGAAGCCACUACGAAGGAUCUCGAGGUGUUGGUGGCGAAUAUGCAUGAGGCGAUCAAUAGGUACAGGCCGCACCAGGCGAGGGAGACGCUAAUUGGGAUGAUGGAGGAGCGGGUGGAGAGGAUGAGGGAAGAGGUUGAGAGGGUUCGAGAGGCUAAGUCGAAGGUGAGGGAGUUGUUGGAGGUCGGUUUGAGUGGCCCGAGUGACGGAGGUGAGGGUGGAGAGGCUAUGGAUGUGGAUACCGAUGCGCCAGGAAGAUCAAAGACUAUGGACACACAGCAGGAGAAGGAGAGACGAGCACGACAGAUGGCAGCUUGGGCGGCGAUAGAAGAUGUCAUGAACUCAACAGAGUGACUCGAUUUGC